AUGGGCAAUCAGCCCACUAAACAUACGACAGCGAAACCCAAGAAAGCAGUACACUGGAAGUCGGCAGAACCACCGGCACCACCUGGAAAGCCGGCACUCGUUCCAGGAUCGCCAUCUUCCGCACCGGACAUCGUAACCAUCCGUUGGAGUCGUCCGACCACUGAUGGAGGCUCGCCAAUUCUCGGGUACGUGGUGGAACAGAGACGGACCGGUUCACCACACUGGGUCCGUACCUGUCCAUCGCUUGUGCAGCAGACAGAACUGUCCCUGAGCGGCCUAGAACCCGGUUGGCGGUAUCAGUUCCGCGUGAUGGCAGAGAACAUCGUCGGACAAUCAGAAAGCAGCGAGUUAUCCGACCCGCUCACCGUAACUCUGCAGCGAAAUGCCAUCUCAGCUCCACGGUUCGCACACGAGCUGUUCGAUGCGACCGCCGUCGAGAACGAAAAGGUAGAGUUCCGUGUACAGGUGGUUGGCACACCAGCGCCCCAAAUCAGUUGGUUUAAGGAUGGAUUCGAGAUCUACAGCAGUCGGCGGGCGAGAAUCAUCACCGAGGCAGACGUCAGCGUGCUUGUCAUACAUCAAACAGCACUAACGGACGAGGGGGAGAUUAAGUGCGCGGCUACGAACCGUGCUGGUCACACCGUAACCCGUUGUCAGCUUACAAUCGACGCGUUUCCGAAAAUACGUCUGCCACGUCAGUACGAAGAUGGGCUGCUAAUAGAGGCGGAAGAGGUCGUGCGUAUGAAGGUGGGUCUGGCAGGACGUCCGCCACCGUCCGUAGAGUGGAACCACAACGGCGAACCGUUGGAGAAUGAUAGCCGGCACGAGAUCGUGACCACGGAUAAGAACUCAACGCUCAAGAUCACCAGCACCAAGCGUGCCGAUCGUGGCGAAUACCACAUACGUGCCCUCAACAAGUUGGGCGACGAUAAUGCUUCCUUCCUGGUGACGGUUACAGCUCGACCAGAGCCUCCCGGACGUGUUUCGGUGGCCAUCUCUUAUGGCAAAACCGCCACAAUCAGUUGGUCCGCGCCGGAAGACGAUGGUGGGUGCAAGAUCGGUAACUACAUCAUUGAGUACUACCGGGUUGGCUGGGAUGUGUGGCUUAAGGCGGCCACCUGCCGUCAGCUGACAACCACUUUGAGCGAUCUCAUCGAAGGCUCUCAAUAUCGGUUUCGCGUGAAGGCGGAAAAUCCGUACGGAUUGAGCGAUCCAAGUGAGGAGUCGGACGUCCUGUUUGUCCCUGAUCCGCGACGAGGCAUUACCGACGCAACGAAAAUCCAACAACAACCAUCCACCUUGCCACGCAAACGACGAGAUCAUUCUCAGUCGCCCCUUCGCGAACCGACCUCCAAGCCCAAGAAAGCGUUCACUCCGGAACCAUACGGUCGGGACGAAAUCAUGCGCGAGAUGUCCUACGGCACUCCGCUGGAUCUUGGCAUGGGGCACGGUUACACGAGUGCCGCUUCACCGGUUCCUGCUUUAGUCAUCACGGAACCAGCCCCGCUAGCCGAACCAGAAUCUGAGUCGGAAUCUAUCGGUCCCGGGACGAGUGUGGAACGUGCGCCUGUUGCGAAUAUGCCAUCAUCCCUCAAGGCAAUGCAGAAGUUCUCCAAAGAACCGAGCCCACUAUCGUUGAAGCUGUCCGAUCGGGACCUGUCUUCCAACGGCAAUAGCUCCGAUCAGAUGGGGUCUGGCUCUGUAAGCGGCGCCGAGCACCAAUCCAACCAACAGCCAAGCCAGAAAGCGGCCAUUCACAACAGCUCAGAGUUCAUGUUGGUCCUCUACAACGAGCAGGAAGCGAAGAAAUCCACACCAAGCAGUGCCGGCGGGUUAGUACAGUCCGGACCAGUGCCGACGGGUGUGGUGAAAACACCUUGGUUUCGCUGGAAAUUUCAUAAGGAUAGGUACUUCAUCGAACGACUUCUUACACGACGAGGUUACCCAGGUGCGGUAUCACGCAUGUCCUUUCGAUGCUCCCGGGCCGGCUCCGGUAAGGUGUUCGACCCUGCCCGUAGACGAAUCUUCAGCAUACUGCUAGGUAAUUCUACCUUCGACUUUGAGUUGGAUGAGCUGGUGGCUCCUCCACCGCCCCUUUCACUAUCGGCGCCGGAGCUCAACGUGGAACCUCCACCGGCACCGACCAUGCGUGUUGGUGUCAGUUCGACGGAAUUGCUCUACGAGCGUGCUAUGGCACGCUUCUAUCAAGCUGUGGCGUACGAAGAAUCGGAGAAUCAGCGUAAGGAAGCCGAACAGGAACAGGCGAACCGGCGUCGUCAAGCAAUGGCCCAAGAGCAACCACAAGAAGAGAAAAACAAUCCUGUUACCACCACAUCAGUCAGCAAUCGGCUGGCCGACCGUAGAAGCAGCCUGCGCAAACGACUUUCGGGCGAUAAGGAGUCGAUCGUGAAGCAGUCCAGUUUCGAGCAGGACCAAGUACUUCCGCAGCCACAAACCCAAUCCCAACAACAACAGCAUUCACAUUCCACACUAACCGAGGAAACGAUUGUCGAAGAACCGUCGCAAGGUGUGGAGCAGAUAGAAUCCUUUACCUCCCUACCGAUCGGAUACUCCGAAGGGGAGGAGUCGGUUUCGUCCUCGAUGAACUCGAUGAUAGAGGAGCUGAAAAGGCGUGAACAGCAGCAAAAACUUCUCGAACAGCAGGUACUCGUCCUACCGAAGAGACGCGGCUUUAUGGAUGACGACGAAACAGAUGAGGAACCUUACCAUCCAGGUGGAGAGCGUAUGCGGUCACCGUACCAAAACCCCGAUCCAAGCCAAGCAAUAGAAAUCCUCACUAAACCGAUGCCUCUGCCGGAUCCAAACUUUGUACCAAAGCCCAUUCUCAAGCGACCAUCCACCGAGAUACUGGCAAAGGCGGAACAAACUGCUACUAGACAAUCGAACACCAAUCUUCAAGUUGGUACACCUCAAUCACCAAAACAACCGACUCCUGAACGAGAGAAAUCUCCGGUGAAAAUACCUUCUCCGCCUCCAAAGCCGGAGGAAAAGCUACAAUCAGCAGAGCCACAGGAAGAACCACAUCCGGACGAGGAGUACCCUCUUGUACAGAAACAACCUCCAGAGGGCCAGGAGAUCGAGCGUGCGAUCGUCUCCGAAGCGGCUCGUCAGCGCCGCCACGAAUCGCGUCAGAACUCCAUCGAAGAGUCCCGUGCGGUGGCCGACUUCUACAGCGAUAUGGUACAACAGAUCGAAAGCUCGAAAAAACCGCGCAAACUGCCGCUUUACAUGAGCCCGGACGAGGUACGGCGGCUGAACGAACGUGAGUACUCGCGAAAUUCUUCGCGAGCUGGCUCACGAUCGCCACUACCACUGGAAGAUAUGUAUCUACUGCGCGGACGUACUUCACGGUCACCUUCACUAUCUACCGAUCAUCCGAUCGUUGUGCAGCGCGGCAAUAAACCAGCCCGAGAAAGCAAAAUCUUGCGGCAACGAUCAGCUUCCAUCGAAAGCGAUGCUACCGCUAGACCACCGUCCGUUGCGAGAGACACUAUGGGCAGUCCAGUGCCGCUUCGGGAUGAAGAAAAUGGACGGGUCAGUAGACCAGCGGAGAAGAAACGUGGUCCAAUGACUGGUGCUGCUGUUAGAAAUCGUUCCAGAUCGAAUUCAGCCAUCAGAGCGGGCGCUCAGACUACGGCAGCUACGAAAGUGACAUUACCUACAGCAGCUCCUUUGCCGAACACCAACUCCAGAAGCAUCGCGAAUAAACAACCGACUCCAGAACCGGAACCUCCAAAAACCAAGCCCCUCAUCACCACCCCAGAACCGAUCGAGCCGGAACCAAAGAUUCCCGUUGUCCUAGAGCAGGAAGAUAUUAAGCCUACCGUAUCCUACCUGACGGAUGUGGCAUUGUUCGUGAUUGCUUGUUGGUUGUAUUUGUUCAAAAACCCGAAACUAGCCAUCCCCGUCAUCCUGCUGAUCAUGUAUCGACACAUCCGGGAAGCGAUCAAGGACAAGAUUCCGGCCUGGAUGCGACGAACCGAGGUGACCAGCUGA